CUGAAGCUCAAUCCUACCAUCCCGAAUCUAAUUAUGCCGAGGGUUGGCCGUCGCGCUCCAUCCACGCACGUUGAGCAGGUUACAAACAGCUCAACACCACUUGAGGACUCGCUAUGCUAGAGUCCAAUCGUGGCCACCUGCUUGGAGUCCCAGGAGUACUCAUUAACGCUCUAGCAGAGCCUUCUUGACUUGAGCUCGCUCUUCACUUUUAUUCCUUUCCCUCUAUGAGUUACAUUGGGUUUAAUGCACUAUGUCUGCUUUUUUGUGUUAUGUUAGUUAGACGCCACCUACCAUCACCACUCAUGUCUCUCGCUCGGAGGAAGCAGGACAAAUCUUCAAGCAUUAUGGAUGCCGAUUGGAGAGCAGAGCUGAGUGGGCUUCCCACAGAGGAGUAUAUUAAAACCUGCACACGGAUCACCGCCAUCGACUAUAGAGGUUAUCUCACAUUCACAUCGAAAGAUAAUGGAUUCAUGAGGCGGCAAGCACACUAUGACUGGAAAGACACCAUUGAUCGCCUUCUUCAGUGCAAGCACCACGGACUUCUUCGAAAGGGUGAGGAGCUACAACGAAAGUGGAACAACAACGCCUACAAGCACAUGGACGACAUGCACUGGGCCCUUCAGAAAAGGAAACGGUCUGCCAAGCUCCAAUCUGUCGUAGUAACAGGUUUGGCGGACGCAUCAGUUAACGGCAUGAUGAAACGGAUGCUCCAAGAAGAAUUGGACUUUGGUGACGUGCCGUCACUCACACAAGCGGACUCUUCUGAAGACAUUCGUGCGGGCUGUGGAAACCAGGGAGUGCCAUUAACGUCGGAAACCAAUCCACCUGAGGCGUUCUCCAAUUUGAAACUUACUGUUUUACAAUCGAUAGUGGAGUCUCAACGGGGAACAGCCCACGACACACUCGAAACUGAAGAUCAAAGCGCAAUAGUUGAUGAUCAAGAUCGAGAUGAUCUUCUCGCAAGUGUUAUGCACUCAAGGCACAACCUAUGUGAAUGGAUCGUGGAAGAAAAAUGCAUGUCAUGCCUCUUUCAGGAAUACCAAAAGAUGUCGAUCGAAGCGUUGUUCGCGAAAGAAAUCAAAAAAGUUGAUGUGGCAGACGCAAUAAUGCGAUCUGUUUUCGGGGAGUCUAGGUUGGAAAAUGUCGCACCAAUUGUCAGACUCCAAGUUGAAGAAGAAUACGACCUGUGUGUUCUUAAGGCAAUAAGACGGAAUGAGGCCAUUGAGGCACUGGAGGGCAUCAAGGACCGGAAGAUAAGAGUGAUGUUUGCGACAUUUAUCGAGCACUUGCCCCUUGACAAGGAAAGCCGGAUCGCAGAAGAAACCUUUGUAGCUACGUACAUUGCGCCAAUACUCCUGGGAACGUUGAGGGCAAACGAGAAGGUCUCCAUCCAUUUUCCCAACACUGUGUGUGUAACUCAGAAAGACCAAGGCAUGCGCCCGGACAGGCCAGACAUCAUCGCGAAGAUUGGUGGACGGGAACUUCUCCUCGGAGAAGUAACGGGACCUUGCCAGGAGACUUACCGCGCCAAAAAUGCUUGGGACCUCUAUCGGCUUGCACGAUUUGGCAAGUCUCUCCUGGGGGACAAUCCCUUCGCACCGUUGAUGCAGAUCGUUCAUACCAAGGGCGUCUACAUGAGGUUGACGAUCAAGGCGCGAGGAAUGUUUCUCUUGGAACGUGUGGGAGCAUUCGUGAUCCCAACUUCGGUGGACAUGCUACCCUCAUUGCUUGGGACCAUUCAAACCUUGUCUGCUGCUAAGGACGACCUCGCAAUAUUACUGGAGCAUAAGCCUGAAAGCCGCAAGAGGAGUUGGGACUUCCCCGAUCUCCCCAUCGCAAAGAAACUUCUCGUUUAGCUCCGAGCUAGUCCAAGUUUACCGAGAGCAUGGAAGUACUUGCAAUGCGUCGAUAAUAAAAAAAAUGUGAACAAUUAGCAUCCAUUACAUUUCAAGAUAGAGACUUCGCCGCCCCCUUGCCCGCC